GUCACUGUUCCCCUGAGUCAACUGAUCAAUGCCCUCCAAUACCUGAAGACCGCAGUGGGCAGCAGUGCCACUGCUGAACCUCAGCACAGAGAGCAUGCCUCUGAACAGGACUUGCAGAGCACAGAGGUACGCACACGGCCUACAGCUUGCAGAUCUGCCAAGAACCAAGGCAAAGCAGCUGGCAAUACUGCUCUGUCCAGCUGUCAUGGGCAACCUAGCUAUAUGGAAAAUAAAGGGAUUUCUGUAUCCAUAAGUGGCAUGGAACUCUGUGUUGUUUUUAUCGCACUGCUUUGCUUUAUCUUGGCCAGGUCGCAGUUGUAAAUGAGAACCUGUUCUCAAUUGUAAAUGAGAACUUGUUCUCAACUGGCUUACCUGGUUAAAUAAAGGUGAAAUAAAAAAUAAAAUAAAAUGUACAGUGCUUUCGGAAAAGUAUUCAGACCUCUUGACUUUUUCCACAUUUUGUUACGUUACAGCCUUAUUCUAAAAUUGAUUUAAAAAAUAAUCUCAUCAGUCGACACACAAUACCCCAUAAUGACAAAUCAAAAACAGGUUUUUAGCCAUUUUUGCUAAUUUAUUCCCAAUAAAAACAGCUAUCUUAUUUACAGUAUUCAGACCCUUUGCUAUGAGACUCAACAUUCAGCUCAGGUGCACCCUGUUUCCAUUGAUCAUCCUUGAGUUGUUUCUACAACUUGAUUGGAGUCCACCUGUGGUAAAUUCAAUUGAUUGGACAUGAUUUGGAAAGGCACACACGUGUAUAUAAAAGGUCCCACAGUUGACAGUGCAUGUCAGAGCAAAAACCAAGCCAUGAGGUCGAAGGAAUUGUCCGUAGCGCUCCGAGACAGGAUUGUGUCGAGGCACAGAUCUGGGGAAGGGUACCAAAAAAUGUCUGCAGCAAUGAAGGUCCCCAAGAACACAGUGGAAGAAGUUGGAACCUCCAAGACUCUUCCUAGAGCUGGCCGCUCGGCCAAACUGAGCAAUCGGGGGAGAAGGGCCUUGGUCAGGGAGGUGACCAAGAACCCGAUGGUCACUCUGACAGAGCUCAAGAGUUCCUCUGUGGAGCUGGGACAACCUUCCAGAAGGACAACCAUCUCUGCAGCACUCCAUCAAUCAGGCCUUUAUGGUAGAGUGGCCAGACAAAUGCCACUCUUCAGUAAAAGGCACAUGACAGCCUACUUGGAGUUUGCCAAAAAGGCACCUAAAGACUCUCAGACCAUGAGAAACAAGUUUCUCUGGUCUGAUGAAACCAAGAUUGAACUCUUUGGCCUGAAUGCCAAGCGUCACGUCUGGAGGAAACCUGGCACCAUCCCUACGGUGAAGCAUGGUGGUGGCAGAAUCAUGCUGUGGGGAUGUUUUUCAGCGGCAGAGACUGGGAGACUAGUCAGGAUCGAGGGAAAGAUGAACGGAGCAAAGUACAGAGAGAUCCUUGAUGAAAACCUGCUCCAGAGCGCUCAGGACCUCAGACUGGGGCAAAGGUUCACCUUCCAACAGGACAACGACCAUAAGCACACAGCCAAGACAACGCAGGAGUGGCUUCGGGACAAGUCUCUGAAUGUCCUUGAGUGGCCCAGCCAGAGCCCGGACUUGAACACGAUCGAACAUCUCUGGAGAGAUCUGAAAAUAGCUGUGCAGCGACACUCCCCAUCCAACCUGACAGAGCUUGAGAGGAUCUGCAGAGAAGAAUGGGAGAAACUCCCAACAUUUUUUAUUUUACCUUUAUUUAACUAGGCAAGUCAGUUAAGAACAAAUUCUAAUUUACAAUGACAGGUGUGCCAAGCUUGUAGCGUCAUACCCAAGAAGACUCAAGGCUGUAAUCGCUGCCAAAGGUGCUUCAACAAAGUACUGAGUAAAGGGUCUGAAUACUUAUGUAAAUGUGAUAUUUCAGUGUUUUAUUUAUAAUACAUUUGCAAACAUUUCUAAAAACCAGUUUUUGCUUUGUCAUUAUGGGGUAUUGUGUGUAGAUUGAUGAGAGGAAAAAAACAAUUUAAUCCAGUUUAGAAUAAGGCUGUAACGUAACAAAAUGUGGAAAAAGUCAAGGGGUCUGAAUACUUUCCGAAGGCACUGUAUCUGUAACCUUUGAAAUGUUUGGAUCUUUUAAAAAUUGAAUAUGAUUUGUGGAUUCAAAUAAAGCAUUUAAAGUGUGAUCUGUGUGUGUGCGCCUGUACUUUAUAUAUACCAGUACUGUACUGGUACCCCGUGUAUAAAGCCAAGUUAUCGUUACUCAUUGUGUAUUUAUUCCUGGUGUUAUUAUCUUUCUAUUAGUUCUCUGUUUUUCUCUCUGUAUUGUUGUGAAGGUCCGUCAGUCAGCAUUUCACUGUUAGUCUACACCUGUUGUUUAUGAAACAUGUGACAAAUAAGGUGUGAUUUGUGUGCGUAGCCCGCAUGGAGCCUUAGGGACCUGGGCCUGUCUGACCUGGGCGUGGGGCAGAUGGACGAGCUAGCGAGCGCUAUGUUACCACGUCUGAGUCAACAGGGGGCGCUGUCCUCAUCCAGCCCCAGCCAACAGGCCUGGAGGACCUCCCACCUCUCCUCACAUUCCUUCUUCCACAACAAGCAUGGUGAGGCGAAGGACACGUCUAUAGAUAAUGACCAUAGUAACCCUACUGCUGGUUGGUGAGUUUCCCCCAAAAACAUUAUUAUGUUCAUCUUUAGCACUAAGUUCAUCUUGUACGAAUGAUGAUCUUAAUGCUAAACAUGAUCUUUUAUGUUUUUGGGGAAACUCACCCGGUAAUAGUACAAUUAGCUGUAACCCGAUUUUAGAUUCAGCUGAGUUGAGUUUAAGUCGUAUUUUGUGUAGGGCCCAUAUCAAAGGGUGUGUGUGGGGGGUUGACUGCAUGUGAUUGCAGCAUAGAAUACAUAUGAUUCGCUUAUGAUAAGUGUUUUUUGCAUCGCACGGAUUGUCUAUUAUAGAACUCAUUUAGUAUCGUUUAUAUGAACGAGUUGUUUUUGAGACAAGAGAAUCACAAAUUAUAUCCUAAUAAGAAGAAUGUCUGUAGGGAAGAAGACCAUUGGGUUGAAUAUGCACAUCCAACUCUCCUUUCAUUGUCUUUCUAGGGUUCUCUGGUGGUAAAAUGGGCACGUCCUACCCUGUUUUCUGCAGACAGGUCCCUUCCCCUCUUCAGGCCAUUUGUACAGAGUUCCACUAUUGGCCUGGUAACCAAAUAUAAUUGUAUUAUGUUAUUUUGUAAUUAAGUGACUAAUAAAUAUCCAGCAAAAGUCCCAGCGUAGUCCUCCUGUAAAUGCAAGUUAAUGUCAACAGUGGCAAGCUUGUGACAGAAUUAUAUAUUUGGAUGGGAGCUUAUUCUACCGUUGUUAUUGGAGGAAGGGUUCACGCAAUGAAAUGGAGGGCAAGGGUGUAUGUCUGUUGUUUUGACAAUCACUCACCCAUAUUUGAGUGCGAUCGUGAACGCCUAAAGUGCAUUCAUAUUUACCAAACAGCUUUCUACUUAUAAAUGUAUUGUUUGAUUUUAUAUGUGUUGAACAUACAGUAUGUGUCCUUGUUCCCAGUGUGGGUCCAGAACAGAGGCUUUAAAACUCUAGGGAAACACAAGCGACUGCAGGCAGGCUUUGAGCGUCCGAUGGAACCAGAUGGCUUUACACCCUCCUUUAUGAAGGUGAGACCCCGGUUUGUCUGCACUCUGUCACUCUCUGGAGAGAGUACCUGGGUCUUGUUCAUUAGGUCACACCAUAGAAAAAUGUGUGAAAACAUUUUUACAACGAAAAGAAAAAAAAAAAAAAAGCGUUUCUUAUUUGACAAAGACUAAUGGUACCUCCCAGUUUCACAUUUUCUUCAGGUGGUUCCCUACUGAACAUGCCCCUGGUUGCAUUGUAAACAUCUCUAACGUCGUUGUCUCGUGCAGGGCCUCCUGACGCGUGAUAAGGGGUUGGAGGUGGAAACCUUGGACAAGCUCCUGAAGAACAAGAAUAUUCCCGAUGGGCAGCAAGAUUCUUUCAAGACCGGGUUUGCUGAGGGCUUCCUGAAAUCCCAAGCUCUGACACAGCGCACACAAGGCAAGUGUACACUACACUACACUACACUACACUACACUACACUACACUACACUACACUACACUACACUACACUAUACAACACUACACUACACUACACUACACUACAAGAACAGAGUCAUGCUCAGUAAGACACAACAUGGCUGAACGGUUUGAAACUGAAAACCAAAACGGCUGUUCUUAAAGGAACAGCUCAGGGUAGUACCUCCUUCGUUUUUCACAACAUUGUCUCGUGUUUCCACUGCCUACCAAACAUGACCUGGGUGCACGUUAUCGUUCAGAAAACAAAAGUGACCAGCUCCACUCUCCUUGCAGUGAGCAUUAAAUGACCAACGUUUCAGCUUGCAGGCCCCGAAGGCUCACUGCAACAAGAGAUGCGUGCCCAACUUUCAUUUUUUUCCCCGGAUUUAAAGUGGAUUAAAACUCCCAUGUUCUCUCCCCUUGUCUGCAGACUCUCUGAGGAGGACGAGGCUGGUCCUGCUGGUUCUGCUACUGCUGGGAUUCUACGGCCUCUCAAAGACCCCCUUCCUAUCGGGUAAAGGCUCCUUUUUCAUUUUUUCAUCUCUCUAAUCAAGUCCUUCACUCUGGCAUGCAGCUUGGUGUGUACCUGUUAAAGCCACAAUCCGGAGUUUGCGUUUUAGUCCAACUGCACUCCUCGCUAGAAAGGGUUGGGCCAGGAGAAACGUAAACCAGUGUCAAAGUGACAUGAUGGUUUUUGAAGCUGUAUAUUGUCUGUUUUAAAGUUCCAUUCUUUAUAAGUUAAUGGGUAGCCUAUGUCAUUCAUUCAUUCAUUCAUUUAUUCAAAUGACAGUUGAACAGUGUCCGAGAUUGAGCCUUUAACUCUUUGCUGAUGCAUUCAGAAUUCACACACAAAAAGCAUGUUCAGCAAGUUUGAUGAGUAAUCAAGAGAACUUGAUAAGAAUAUUGUUAUCAAUUGUUUCCAUCGAUUUUAGUUGACCGAAUGCUUCUAAAAGACAGUGAUUUGUUGCCAAACUAAACUAAAUCUAACCAUAGCUAAGAACGCUUUUGCAUCCGAGCAGUGUGAUUUCGAACCAUAAUCUAACCAUUCUGGACAGUGCGAUUCCGAACCACAUCAGGCCUGGACUCGGCGGUGGACCCUGUCCACAUGAAGAACGUGACGUUUGAGCACGUCAAAGGGGUGGAGGAGGCCAAGAACGAGCUGCAGGAGGUGGUGGAGUUCCUCCGCAGCCCAGAGAAGUUCACCGUCCUUGGAGGGAAACUGCCGAGAGGUGCAGUAGACCGUGGAACUCUUUUGUGGCCUUUAGUUGAUCAGGGUUGUGUUCAUUAGGCACCAAAUAGAGAAAAGAAAUGGACUGGAACAGGAAGGACUACGUGGAUUUGUCCAGUAAGAAACGCUCAUUUUUAUUUUCCGUUGCAAAACAUUUAACAAAAAAAAAUAUAUAUAUACGCAGUUUCCGUGCCCUAAUGAACACUACCCAGGUGUAGACUGACUGAACAAUUCUGAAUUCAAGAAGUUGUUUAGGCAGGCGCACGAUCUUCCCCUGAUGGGACAUUUUAAAUGGCGGCAUUAAUCUUUGUCACCACUUUAAUUGACUCACAGUUUUUAGUUUUUAGUUACAUAUCUUGUUGUUGACUUCCACAUUGGAUUUCAAUCUAAUAUUUUAGUCAACAUUCAUAAAAAAAAACAGGCUACUUUGUUAGGUAAAUAUUGUAUUACUGUAUAUUUGUAUAUUGUAUUACUGUACAUAAAGUGGUUAUCCCACUGGCUAUAGGGUGAACGCACCAAUUUGUGAGUCGCUCUGGCUAAGAGCGUCUGCUAAAUGACGUUAAUGUGCCCUUGAGCAAGGCACUUAACCCUAAUUGCUCCUGUAAGUCGCUCUGGUUAAGAGCGUCUGCUAAAUGACUAAAAUGUAAAAAUGUAAAUGUAUAUUACCUAUUACAGUUGUUCAUAGCUCUUUCUCUCUAUGUCUCUAUGUCUCUGUGUGUCUGUGUGUCUGUGUGUCUGUGUCUGUGUCUGUGUCUGUGUCUGUGUCUGUGUCUGUGUCUGUGUCUGUGUCUGUGUGUGUGUGUGUGUGUGUGUGUGUGUAGGGAUCUUGCUGGUUGGCCCUCCUGGCACUGGGAAGACUCUGUUGGCCAGAGCCGUGGCUGGAGAGGCCGACGUCCCCUUCUAUUAUGCCUCAGGCUCUGAGUUUGAUGAGAUGUUUGUUGGGGUUGGAGCCAGUCGCAUCAGGAACCUCUUCAGUGAGUCCCAUCUGCUCUUUAAGUCUCGGCCUAUUCCUGGCUUCCAACCCUGACCCUAAUAUUGUAAUUUUCACUGUCCUUUAAAAAUACAAAUUUAAAAAAUAACCUGGUUGCAAUGAUGCUAGAUGGUAUUGUCAUAAUUUAUCAACCGUAUAUCUGAGACCCCAGCCCUAGACUUCAACCCACCCUCUCUAUACAUUACAUCUGCAGAGGAAGCUAAAGCAAACGCCCCGUGUGUGAUCUUCAUUGACGAGUUGGACAGCGUCGGAGGGAAGAGAAUCGAGUCUCCCAUGCACCCUUACUCCAGACAGACCAUCAACCAGCUACUGGCUGAGAUGGACGGGUAUGUUUCCAGACGCGUUUUUUCUGGGUUGUGUUCAGUGAGGAAAAACGUUAUAAAACGAAGUGAAAUACAUUUACAUUUACAUCAUUUAGCAGACGCUCUUAUCCAGAGCGACUUACAAAUUGGUGCAUUCAACUUAUGAUAGCCAGUGGGACAACCACUUUUUUUUUUUUUUUAUGGGGGAGUAGAAGAAUUACUGUUAUACUAUUCCAGGUAUUCCUUAAAGAGGUAGGGUUUCAAGUGUCUCCGGAAGGUGGUCAGUGACUCCGCUGUCCUGGCGUCAUGGGGGAGCUUGUUCCACCAUUGGGGUGCCAGAGCAGCAAAUAGCUUUGACUGGGCUGAGUGGGAACUGUGCUUCCGUAGAGGUAGGGGAGCUAGCAGGCCAGAGGUGGAUGAACGUAGUGCCCUCGUUUGGGUGUAGGGUCUGAUCAGAGCCUGAAGGUACGGAGGUGCCGUUCCCCUCACAGCUCCGUAGGCAAGCACCAUGGUCUUGUAGCAGAUGCGAGCCUCAACUGGAAGCCAGUGGAGUGUGCGGAGGAGCGGGGUGACGUGAGAGAACUUGGGAAGGUCGAACACCAGACGGGCUGCGGCGUUCUGGAUAAGUUGUAGGGGUUUGUGAGAUUGUCCAAUGUGAGAUGUGAGAUUGUCCAAUAAGAACACAGAUUUUUUCAGUUGCAAAACGUUUGUGCUGUACGGAACACGACCCUACUUUCUGUGGGGAGAAACAUCCCACAGGGCACAGAUGUCAUUUCAACAUCUAGUUUUGAUUUACAUUUUGUUGAGUUGUGAAUUCAGCAUGAAAUCAACAACAAAUGUCACCAUGUCAUUGGAUUUAGAUUAAAAGUUGGGUGAAAAAAAUACAACAUUCCCGUUGAUGACUUUUUGCAAAUUCAAUCAGUUUUCCACGUUGAUUCAACGUCAUCGCAUAGAUUUUUUUUUAAAAUGAUGUGGAAACAACGUUGAUUCAAGCAGUUUUUUUCCAAGUAGGAUGGAUCCACUGACUUCCCUGAACGUGUCACGAUUGUCGCCCGCAGGUUCAAACCAAACGAAGGGGUCAUCAUCAUUGGAGCAACAAACUUCCCUGAGGCUUUGGAUAAGUAUGUUAAGCUUUAUUCAUCUCGUAAUGAUGUUGCUCAAUGACAUGUUUUUUUUUUUUUACAGGGUUUCAUUAGUUGACAUGAGUACAGAUUGACUUGCCAUGUUAAAACAAACCUAAAGUCAGUGAAGCUCCUCCCCUCCCUAGCGCUCUGAUUCGGCCAGGACGUUUCGACAUGCAGGUCACCGUCCCCAAGCCAGACGUGAAGGGGCGCACAGAGAUCCUCAACUGGUACCUAAGGAAGAUCAAAGUAGACCCUGGUACGUGAGCAACAUGCAUGUGUGACCUAUGUUGAUCAUAGCUUGAGUCAAUUGCUGAUGAGCAAUAGCUUCACACAAGUGAAUCUGCUGGGCUAAAUGUUAAUGGGUACAUGCAAAUAUACUAUGGCUAUAUGAGAAUCUACAGUGGCAAUAUGCUAAUGGCUGUAUGCCAAUAGACUAUGGCUACUUGCUAAUGAAUACAUGCUAAUAGAAUAUAGCUACAUGCUAAUGAUGCAUACUUAUAGACAAUGGCUAUAUGAGAAUAUGCAGUGGCAACAUGCUAAUCGCUGCAUGCUAAUAGCCUAUGUGUACAUACUAAAAGAGAAAAACAUGCUAGUAAGACUCACCGUAGUUGAUUAGCUGUACCUGUUCCUGCUAACGACUUCAUGCAGACAUCGAGGCUGGGAUCAUCGCCAGGGGAACAGUGGGCUUCUCCGGGGCAGACCUGGAGAACCUGGUCAACCAGGCGGCUCUGAAGGCGGCGGUGGACGGCAAAGACAUGGUGACCCUCAAAGAGCUGGAUUUCGCCAAGGACAAGAUCCUCAUGGGUGAGCUCUGCUGUAGGAAUGGGGAGGAAAAUAGAAAUACAACCCUUAAUCACAUUAGGAAUGGGGAGGAAAAUAGAAAUACAACCCUUAAUCACAAAUCGCCCCAGCCCCAACCCCCAACCCCCAGCCCCCACCCCCAGCCCCAGCCCCAACCCCCAGCCCCAACCCCCAGCCCCAACCCCCACCCCCAACCCCCAGCCCCAACCCCCAGCCCCAACCCCCAACCCCCAACCCCCAGCCCCAACCCCCAGCCCCAACCCCCAGCCCCAGCCCCAACCCCAGCCCCAGCCCCCAACCCCCAGCCCCAGCCCCCAACCCCCAGCCCCAACCCCCAACCCCCAGCCCCAACCCCCAGCCCCAGCCCCAGCCCCAGCCCCAGCCCCAACCCCCAGCCCCAACCCCCAACCCCCAGCCCCCAACCCCCAGCCCCAACCCCCAACCCCCAGCCCCAACCCCAGCCCCAGCCCCCAACCCCCAGCCCCAGCCCCCAACCCCCAGCCCCAACCCCCAACCCCCGGCCCCUCGACAAUCCACUCAAAGAAAAACCGGCCCGCGGCUGAAUAUAGUUGAUGAUCCCUGACGUAGGGGUUAGGAGUUUAUUGGAGAUUCGGGGAUCUUUGAGCAGGUUUUGGAAAUCAACUUUUAUAUCUGUCCCGCUUCCCUCCCACAGGCCCAGAGAGGAGGAGUGUUGAGAUAGACCUGAAGAACAAGGAGAUCACGGCCUACCACGAGUCAGGCCACGCUAUCGUGGCGUACUACACCAAGGACGCCAUGCCCAUCAACAAGGCCACCAUCAUGCCCAGAGGACCUACGCUGGGUCAUGUAAGUAGGACUGGAAAUAGGGAAAUUCAAAUCUAUAGGAAAUAAGAUGGGUAGGGAGUGCUACAUGGAUAGACUAGUAGCAUUUCACUGUACCGUUUACGCCAUGUCCUGUGCACUAAUAAGGUUAUUACAGUUUUGUGUUUUUAUAUUUGUUUAUUUAUUUCUAUACGCUUUUAUUUAAAAUUCUGUUUAGUUUCAGUUAGUUUUCAGACCUGAUUUGCUAGUUUUUAUUUCGUUUCAGUUUAUAGAUUUGUUCGUUUUAGUGUUAGGGACAGAAAGCGUGUGUGGGGUAGUUUUAUGUUUAGUUGCUAUGUCACUUCUUGCCACUGGGGGGCAGUAAUACAUAAGGUGAUGGGUCAGCUCAUAGGUUAGGGAAGGUUUCAAUUAUAAAGUCAAAAACUCCAACAUGCUUACACACUCCCCACACAUCUCCCAUCCUCUCACCUCACCGUUUUCACUCAAACCCAACAGGCUGUUGUGACUUGGAUUUUAAAGGAAACAGAGACUGGUGCAAAAAAAUAUGGCGGAAGGAAACUCUCUCACCCAUGUUUAUACCAAUCCAAUGCUUUUUUUUACUUUAGAAGUACAUACCUGUUAGAAGAAUCAAGUUAGCUACCAAGCUGAGUUUUUUUUCUUCGUUGUUAGCUAGUGAUAGUGAUACACAAGCUAGGCCUAUUUGAAACACCGCCAUCUCCUGGCCGCAUUUACCUGCCACAGUAGCUUGAAAACCAAUGAAUGUGUAUAAACCCUGGAUUGCUGAUGCUAUUUAUGUAUUGGCCAAUGAGAGGCUUUGAAGCCACCGGUCAGCCAUAUUGACACUCCCCAGUAGAAGCAGUCCUCCAUAGGAAUGAAUGGAAUUCUACAGGACAAAAUUUACAUGUAUUUAAGAAUGUUUUGGUUGUGGUGUGGACAAUAACAUUAGUACUCAAAGAAAACUUUCAGGAAAAUGUUUUAAUAUAUAUAUUUUAUUUUAAAUGUUUAUGUUUAGCUAACAUUAUAUAAUUUAAACGCAUUCGUUAAGGUGUCUCUAAUAGAAUAAACGUGUCAAAAUGAAUGUAGACAAUAAUACAUGGAUUUCUAUAGCUUCCAAAAUCUUUUUUUUUACAUCUGAGGAGGAGUGCCAAGAUGGCUGCUUAGUCAUGCCAAGAUGGCUGCUUAGUCAUGCCAAGAUGGCUGCUUAGUCAUGCCAAGAUGGCUGCUUAGUCAUGCCAAGAUGGCUGCUUAGUCAUCCAGGGUUUGCAUACGUCAUUGUUGAAAACACCCCAAAAGCUUGAAAACCCUAUUACGUUUUGCCCUAAGUUUAGAAAAAAAAACUCAAACUGAACAUAAUUCAUGCUGGUUUUUAUUUUAUUUGAGUUUGUUUUAUUUAUAGUUUCAGUAUAGUUUGUUUUUCAAACAGGUUUGUUAAAUUUUUUUAGUUUACUGAACAGUUUUUUUUUCAUGAUUAGUUUGUUUGUUUUAGUUUUACUAUAAUAACCUUGCUGUGCACAUGACCAAUACACUUUGAUUUGAUUAGUAGAAUAUCAACAGUGUAUUUAUUUUUUUACUGUGAUACUGGUUUCUUAUAUGAAGGCUAUGACGCCGGAAUACAGCGCCUUCAGGAAGUAUUCAUACCCCUUGACUUAUUCCACAUGUUGUUGUUGUUGUUGUUGCAGCCUGAAUUCAGAAUGGAUUACAUUUAUAUUUUCUCUCACCCAUCUACACACAAUACCCCAGAAUGACAAAGUAAAAACAUGUUUUUAGACAUUUUUGCAAAUUUUAUUUCAAAUGAAAUACAAAAAUAUCUCAUUUACAUAAGUAUUCACACCACUGAGUCAAUACCUUGUAGAAUCACCUUUGGUGGCGAUUACAGCUUUGAGUUGUCUUGGGUAUGUCUGUAUCAGCUUUGCACUUCUGGAUUUUGGGAUUUUCUCCCAUUCUUGCUUGCAGGUUUUCUCAAGCUCUGUUAAGUUCGAUGGGGAGUGGCGGUGAACAGCAGUCUUCAAGUCUUUCCACAGAUUUUCAAUGGGAUUCAAGUCUGGGCUUUGGCUGGGCCACUCAAGGACUUUCACAUUCUUGUUCUUAAGCCAUUCCAGCGUUGCUUUUGGCUGUAUGCUUGGUGUCAUUGUCCCGUUGGAACGUAAAUCUUCACCCCAGUCUAAGGUUGUUUGCACUCUGAAGCAGGUUCUCAUCAAGGAUUUGCCUGUAUUUGGCUCCAUUCAUUGUUCCCUCCAUCCUUACCAGUCUCCCAGUCCCUGCUGCUGAAAAGCAUCCCCAUAGCAUGAUGCUGCCACCACCAUGCUUCACGGUAGGGAUGGUGUUAGACGGAUGAUGAGCUGUGCCUGGCUUUCUCCAGACAUAGCGCUUUUUAGUCAGGGCAAAUACUUACAUUUAUGGGCGGCAGGUAGCUUAGUGGUUAAGAGCGUUGUGCCAGUAACCGAAAGGUUGCUGGUUCUAAUCCCCGAGCCGACUAGGUGAAAAAUCUGUCGAUGUGCCCUUGAGCAAGGCACUUAACCCUAAUUGCUCCUGUAAGUCGCUCUGGAUAAGAGCGUCUGCUAAAUGAUUAAUUAUUUUUAUUUAUUUAUUUAUGUCUCAUCAGAUCACAGAAUCUUUUGCCUUUUGCCUCGGCUGCUCAGUUUGGUCGGACGGCCAGCUCUAGGCAGAGUCUUGGUGGUUCCAAACUUCUUCCAUUUAAGAAUGAUGGAGGGCACUGUGUUCUUGGGGACCUUCAAUGCUGCAGACAUUUUUUGGUACCCUUCCCCAGAUCUGUUCCUUGACACAAUCCUGUCUCGGAGCUCUACGGACAAUUGCUUCGACCUCAUGGCUUGGUUUUUGCUCUGACAUGCACUGUCAACUGUGGGACCUUAUAUAGACAGGUGUGUGCCUUUCCAAAUCAUGUCCAAUCAAUUGAAUUUACCACAGGUGGACUCCAAUCAAGUUGUAUAAACAUCUCAAGGAUGAUCAAUGGAAACAGGAUGCAGCUGAGCUCCAUUUCGAGUCAUAGGAAAAGGUCUGAAUACUUAUGUAAAUAAGGUAUUUCUGUUUUUUUAUUUUUAAUACAUUUCCAAACAUUCUAAAAACCUGUUUUCGAUUUGUCAUUUUGGGGUAUUGUGUGUAGAUUGAUGAGGGAUUUUAUUUUAUUUAAUCCAUUUUAGAAUGAGGCUGUAACGUAACAAAAUGUGGAAAAAGUUUAGGGGUCUGAAUACUUUCCGAAUGCACUGUAUAGACAGGUGUUUCUUUUUAAAUCAUGUCCAAACAAUUGAAUUGGCCAUAGGUGGACUCCAAUCAAGUUGUAGUGACAUCUCAAGGAUGAUCAAAGGAAAUUGGAUGCACCUGUGCGCAAUUUGGAGGGUCAUAGCAAAGGGCUGUAAAUACUUAUGUAAAUUAGAUAUUUCUUUAUUUCAUUUGCAAUAAAUUUGCCAAGAUUUUAAAAAAACAACAACGUGUUUUCACUUUGUCAUUAUGGGCUAUUGUGUGAUGAUGGGUGAGGAAAAACAUAUAUUGAAUCCAUUUUGAAUUCAGGCUGCCUGUAACACAACAAAAAUGUGGAAUAAGUCGAGGGGUCUGAAUACUUUCUGAAGGCACUGUAGUUUAUCUGUACCGCCAUGUUUUUUAGGAAUCCGUUCUGCUGAGCAUGCCAAUAUAAUAAGGCCUCAUUUUGGUAAUUAUGAACAGCGGCUUAGUCCUCCUCCUGGGUUUUUUUUCUGGCAAAUUAAAUAGUUGUUUUUGAUGUUUUUAGAAACAUCAAGUGUGCAAUAAGUUGGUUCCAUUUGCUGCCAGGCCUCACUCCUUCCCCCACUGUCUCCCAGGUGUCCAUGCUACCGGAGGAUGACCGCUGGAGCGAGACGCGUGCUCAGCUGCUGGCCCAGAUGGACGUCAGCAUGGGAGGCCGCGUGGCAGAGGAGAUCAUAUUUGGCAAUGAGUUCAUCACCACUGGUAUGCAGGGGGAUGUAGAGUUGGUGUAGGAGGGUAAUUUGAGUACAGAAUUACAGUCAACGUGUACAGUAAUGUAGUGCAAUAAGCAUAUUCCUCCUCCACAUCUCAAGGGGUGCAAUCCUGUCAUCCAAAUUUCUAAUAGAUAAAUUCAAUCUAAAUGUUGGGGAUUUAUGUUUUUGAGGGUAUGAUAUGGUCAUUUAUCUGUUAUUCAAACUGAUUUACAGAAUUGUGGAGAUUAAGAGUGACACAUAUUUUCAGUAAUAUGUGGCCCAUUCAGGAAUCUAACCCACAUCAUUAGUGUUGCUAGAACCAUGCUCUGACUAACCAACAUCAUUAGUGUUGUCAGAACCAUGCUCUGACUAACCCAUGUCAUUAGUGUUACCAGAACCAUGCUCUGACUAACCCACGUCAUUAGUGUUACCAGAACCAUGCUCUGACUAACCCAUGUCAUUAAUGUUACCAGAACCAUGCUCUGACUAACCCACAUUCAUUAGUGUUACCAGAACCAUGCUCUGACUAACCCACAUUCAUUAGUGUUACCAGAACCAUGCUCUGACUAACCCAUGUCAUUAGUGUUACCAGAACCAUGCUCUGACUAACCCACGUCAUUAGUGUUACCAGAACCAUGCUCUGACUAACCCAUGUCAUUAGUGUUACCAGAACCAUGCUCUGACUAACCAACAUCAUUAGUGUUACCAGAACCAUGCUCUGACUAACCAACAUCAUUAGUGUUACCAGAACCAUGCUCUGACUAACCCAUGUCAUUAGUGUUACCAGAACCAUGCUCUGACUAACCCACAUUCAUUAGUGUUACCUGAACCAUGCUCUGACUAACCAACAUCAUUAGUGUUACCAGAACCAUGCUCUGACUAACCCACGUCAUUAGUGUUACCAGAACCAUGCUCUGACUAACCAACAUCAUUAGUGUUACCAGAACCAUGCUCUGACUAACCCACGUCAUUAGUGUUACCAGAACCAUGCUCUGACUAACCCACGUCAUUAGUGUUACCAGAACCAUGCUCUGACUAACCAACAUCAUUAGUGUUACCAGAACCAUGCUCUGACUAACCAACAUCAUUAGUGUUACCAGAACCAUGCUCUGACUAACCAACAUCAUUAGUGUUACCAGAACCAUGCUCUGACUAACCAACAUCAUUAGUGUUGCUAGAACCAUGCUCUGACUAACCCACGUCAUUAGUGUUACCAGAACCAUGCUCUGACUAACCCACGUCAUUAGUGUUACCUGAACCAUGCUCUGACUAACCAACAUCAUUAGUGUUACCAGAACCAUGCUCUGACUAACCAACAUCAUUAGUGUUACCAGAACCAUGCUCUGACUAACCAACAUCAUUAGUGUUACCAGAACCAUGCUCUGACUAACCAACAUCAUUAGUGUUACCAGAACCAUGCUCUGACUAACCCAUGUCAUUAGUGUUACCAGAACCAUGCUCUGACUAACCAACAUCAUUAGUGUUACCAGAACCAUGCUCUGACUAACCCAUGUCAUUAGUGUUACCAGAACCAUGCUCUGACUAACCAACAUCAUUAGUGUUACCAGAACCAUGCUCUGACUAACCAACAUCAUUAGUGUUAUCAGAACCAUGCUCUGACUAACCAACAUCAUUAGUGUUACCAGAACCAUGCUCUGACUAACCCAUGUCAUUAGUGUUACCAGAACCAUGCUCUGACUAACCCACGUCAUUAGCGUUACCAGAACCAUGCUCUGACUAACCCAUGUCAUUAGUGUUACCAGAACCAUGCUCUGACUAACCAACAUCAUUAGUGUUACCAGAACCAUGCUCUGACUAACCCACGUCAUUAGUGUUACCAGAACCAUGCUCUGACUAACCAACAUCAUUAGUGUUACCAGAACCAUGCUCUGACUAACCCACGUCAUUAGUGUUACCAGAACCAUGCUCUGACUAACCCACAUCAUUAGUGUUGUCAGAACCAUGCUCUGACUAACCCACGUCAUUAGCGUUACCAGAACCAUGCUCUGACUAACCCAUGUCAUUAGUGUUACCAGAACCAUGCUCUGACUAACCCACAUUCAUUAGUGUUACCAGAACCAUGCUCUGACUAACCAACAUCAUUAGUGUUACCAGAACCAUGCUCUGACUAACCCAUGUCAUUAGUGUUACCAGAACCAUGCUCUGACUAACCAACAUCAUUAGUGUUACCAGAACCAUGCUCUGACUAACCCAUGUCAUUAGUUGUUACCAGAACCAUGCUCUGACUAACCCACAUUCAUUAGUGUUACCAGAACCAUGCUCUGACUAACCAACAUCAUUAGUGUUACCAGAACCAUGCUCUGACUAACCAACAUCAUUAGUGUUACCAGAACCAUGCUCUGACUAACCCACGUCAUUAGUGUUACCAGAACCAUGCUCUGACUAACCAACAUCAUUAGUGUUACCAGAACCAUGCUCUGACUAACCCACGUCAUUAGUGUUACCAGAACCAUGCUCUGACUAACCCCUGUCAUUAGUGUUACCAGAACCAUGCUCUGACUAACCAACAUCAUUAGUGUUACCAGAACCAUGCUCUGACUAACCCACGUCAUUAGUGUUACCAGAACCAUGCUCUGACUAACCCAUGUCAUUAGUGUUACCAGAACCAUGCUCUGACUAACCCACAUUCAUUAGUGUUACCAGAACCAUGCUCUGACUAACCAACAUCAUUAGUGUUACCAGAACCAUGCUCUGACUAACCCACGUCAUUAGUGUUACCAGAACCAUGCUCUGACUAACCCAUGUCACUAGUGUUACCAGAACCAUGCUCUGACUAACCAACACCAUUAAUGUUACCUGAACCAUGCUCUGACUAACCAACAUCAUUAGUGUUACCAGAACCAUGCUCUGACUAACCCACGUCAUUAGUGUUGCUGAGACAUUUAUAUAUUUUACCCUAUUAGUCAUCUUCCAAGAGUGCUUAAAGACUAAACAAAUUAUAUAUAAACCACGUUCAUCUUUUUUGUUGUUUUUUCAGGUGCAUCAAGUGACUUUGAUGCUGCCACCAAAAUUGCAAAAAUGAUGGUGACCAGAUUUGGUAUGUGUGAGAGGGUAAGUUAUGGAUGCUGGACGUUUGGUCAGGGAGAGACAAAAUGAAGUCAUGUCUUUUAUAACGCAUCAGCAAAGUCCCGUGAUUUUACUGUAUAACCUUCCGGACAUGUAGUGUUGAAUUAGCUUUAUUGGCAUGAAUGGGAACCACCCAAUGUUGCAGCACUACAUAUACAGUGAGGGGAAAAAAAGAAUUUGAUCCCCUGCUGAUUUUGUACGUUUGCCCACUGACAAAGAAAUGAUCAGUCUAUAAUUUUAAUGGUAGGUUUAUUUGAACAGUGAGAGACAGAAUAACAACAAAAUCCAGAAAAACUCGUGUCAAAAAUGUUAUAAGUUGAUUUGCAUUUUAAUGAGGGAAAUAAGUAUUUGACCCCCUCUCAAUCAGAAAGAUUUCUGGCUCCCAGGUGUCUUUUAUACAGGUAACAAUCUGAGAUUAGGAGCACACUCUUAAAGGGAGUGCUCCUAAUCUCAGCUUGUUACCUGUAUAAAAGACACCUGUCCACAGAAGCAAUCAAUCAAUCAGAUUCCAAACUCUCCACCAUGGCCAAGACCAAAGAGCUCUCCAAGGAUGUCAGGGACAAGAUUGUAGACCUACACAAGGCUGGAAUGGGCUACAAGACCAUCGCCAAGCAGCUUGGUGAGAAGGUGAUUGUUGGUGCGAUUAUUCGCUAAUGGAAGAAACACAAAAUAACUGUCAAUCUCCCUCGGCCUGGGGCUCAAUGCAAGAUCUCACCUCGUGGAGUUGCAAUGAUCAUGAGAACGGUGAGGAACUACAUGGGAGGAUCUUGUCAAUGAUCUCAAGGCAGCUGGGACCAUAGUCACCAGGAAAACAAUUGGUAACACACUACGCCGUGAAGGACUGAAAUCCUGCAGCGCCCGCAAGGUCCCCCUGCUCAAGAAAGCACAUAUACAGGCCCGUUUGCCAAUGAACAUCUGAAUGAUUCAGAGGAGAACUGGGUGAAAGUGUUGUGGUCAGAUGAGACCAAAAUGGAGCUCUUUGGCAUCAACUCAACUCACCGUGUUUGGAGGAGGAGGAAUGCUGCCUAUGACCCCAAGAACACCAUCCCCACCGUCAAACAUGGAGGUGGAAACAUUAUGCUUUGGGGGUAUUUUUCUGCUAAGGGGACAGGACAACUUCACCGCAUCAAAGGGACGAUGGACGGGGCCAUGUACCGUCAAAUCUUAGGUGAGAACCUCCUUCCCUCAGCCAGGGCAUUGAAAAUGGGUCGUGGAUGGGUAUUCCAGCAUGACAAUGACCCAAAACACACGGCCAAGGCAACAAAGCAGUGGCUCAAGAAGAAGCACAUUAAGGUCCUGGAGUGGCCUAGCCAGUCUCCAGACCUUAAUCCCAUAGAAAAUCUGUGGAGGGAGCUGAAGGUUCGAGUUGCCAAACGUCAGCCUCAAAACCUUAAUGACUUGGAGAAGAUCUGCAAAGAGGAGUGGGUCAAAAUCCCUCCUGAGAUGUGUGCAAACCUGGUGGCCAACUAUAAGAAACGUCUGACCUCUGUGAUUGCCAACAAUGGUUUUGCCAUCAAGUCCAUGUUUUGCAGAGGGGUCAAAUACAUAUUUCCCUCAUUCAAAUGCAAAUCAAUUUAUAACAUUUUUGACAUGCGUUUUUCUGGAUUUUUUUGUUGUUAUUCUGUCUCUCACUGUUUAAAUAAACCUACCAUUAAAAUUAUAGACUGAUCAUGUCUUUGUCAGUGGGCAAACGUACAAAAUCAGCAGGGGAUCAAAUACUUUUUUCCCUCACUGUAUAUAUAUAUAUAUAAUGUGAAAAUAUAUAUAUAUUGUGACACUAUCUGUCUCUCACCUGCGUUGUAGCUGGGUGUCAUGACCUACGCUGACCAAACCAAGCAGAGCCCAAAGACACAGGCUGCCAUCGAACACGAAGUCAGGAAACUUUUAAAGGUACGUUUCCACCUCCGUCGACCUUCCAAGCCCCUGUCCCAGUGCUCUUUGGCUUGUGGUUUUUUAUGUUCCCCAUUUUUCAAACCAGGCUUAUUCAGUGUUACAGUUUAAGGAAAUAACAGACCCAAUUUACAGGUGUGUCUAAGCCCUGUAAUUGCACUGGAACAUAUCCAAGCCCGUUUCAGAAAUUCCCUCAACUCCUCUGGUGGUUUGUAUGGUCCUCAGGAUUCGUACGAGCGGGCCAGGGUGCUCCUCAAGUCUCACGCCAAAGAGCACCAGAGCCUGGCCAGGGCCCUGCUGCAAUACGAGACACUGGACGCCAGAGAGAUCAAGAUGGUCCUGGAGGGCAAGGCCCUGGAGACCAGAUGA